ACCCAUUACACCGCCUGCUUCCCUUUUUCGCUGCAAUACUACACGUCACAUCUUACAAUCCUCCUGAAACCAAUACUCCAACCCAUUCCCUCGCCAUGACUCCAUUGGCAACCAAGCGCAAGUCCCCAGAGGACGACGCGUUUCGCACCGAUGAGGCUAAGACGCCUACGGGCAGUCCUCCCAAGAAGAAGAUGAAAAUCACCAGGAGCCAGAAACAGGCUCUCAUGGACAAUCUGCAGCUUGAAAUUACUGAACGAGCUCGCAAACUCCGCGCACAAUAUGCCCUCCAGGCAAAUGACUUGCGAGCACGAAUUGAAAGACGCGUUAAUCGUAUUCCCGUGGCUCUCCGAAAGGCAAACAUGGGCGAAUUGCUGGAGAAGCAUAGCAAUGCCUCCCGGGCGCAGCUAGAGAAUGUCUCCCCAAAGAAACAUGUCCACCCGACCAAGGGAACGCGAAAUAUCACCACCAUCUCUGUCGACCAAGAUUCCUCUGCUGCAGGAACAAAUGCGCGUAGAACUAAGAAGCAAAGCCACGAAUAUUUCGACAAAGAAAACGCACCUGCUGCAGGUGAACAAAUUGAUGCGCUGAAAAACCCCAAGAGACGCGGCAAGCCCGGUGCUGCUUCUGGUACUUCACGCGUGGUAUCUCAGGAAGUAAGAGGACCGGACUACAGAAUCCUUUCUCCGAAAUCAUUGAAUUCGAGGACUUAUCCGCAGUCCCCGUUCCGUGCUUCUCCCGGCAAGCCGCAGCCUUCCUAUCUCUCCCGGCCCAUGUCGCCGUUAAAGCCGACUAGUCCCCUCAAGGCAACCAGCGCCAGCCUGUCGGUCGAUAACGCUCGCGCCCGAUCAAAGGCAGCAGCAGAGAACAGGCCAGCCUCCCAACAAUCGAAGAGGCCUGUUAGCAGAGCUGCGACCGGAGUCAAGGGCAUUAGAUCGCCUCUCUCACGACCCGCUACCCGCCAAGCUGACCGCAAAAACAGCACGGGCACCGUCUCUUCCACAGCGUCCUCUGGGACAACCGUUGUCAAGCCAACGCGCACGGGUACAGGUGCCAGGAAGGCAACCAAUGCUUCUACCACCUCAAGCACGGUAACCAAGAAGACAGCCGCCUCCAGAGCCCAGGCCCCCACUGCGGCUGCCAAAAGAAACACCGCUUCACAGACCAAGAAGACUACUGCCCCUUCAGGAGGUGAAGCUCCCACAACAGGGCGUAGAGUCUUGCGCAAGCGCGUGUAGAUUCUCCACGUUUUAAAAAGGAGAAAUGGGUUUUUUAUAAGGACUAACGUCGCAUAACCAUGGACUUGGUCAGUCCACACUGGAGUAGUGGGACUUUUUUUUUUUUUUUCUCGGCGAGGAGUUAAACCAUACCAAGGAUUGGUGUUUGUUUUUUUAUAUGGGAGUCUCAAGUGUCUGCAUAUUUUUGGGACGGAUUUGGGCAACUGCUUUUUCUGGAUUAUUAUUUUCUGACCGGUUUUGACAUCGGUUUCUGCAUCAUUUCUUGACUAUCGUGUGGGCUUCGUUUCGUAGAGCUUUGAAUUGCUCUUUUAUUCAAUCUUGAUCCAAAUCGGACUUUUUUUGUGGGAUUACAUGCAUUUAUCCA